ACCAGUACAAAGUGGAGGUUGAAGUUUGGAUCCAGAAGUGUCAAGGGAAAUCUUCCCAAAAUUCAACACUGUCUCCACCUCAGUAAAGGUUCAGGAGACUAUCAAGAAGGCUCUGGACAUGACCAGAGAGAUAGGUGCCACAGCUGUCCCUGUCCUCCUGAAAGACUCCAGCUCCGCCAUCAUGGAGAAAGUUGAGAGAAUCACUAAUGAAAUACGUCCCACGUUGAAAGUCCUUUUAUCACACUCUACUUUUGUGAGAGGUCGGACUUUUGGCAGUGUCCGAUUCCCUCCACUAUUCCGAGCACAAAGCGGGGUCAUGCAUCCGCCACGAUUUCGCCUGUUACUUCCGAAGACAGAGGAAGCGGUGGCGACUGUGGCUGCAAGGGCGAAGCAGGAGCAAGAGGAAGACGAAGAGGACAGCGACAGCAGUGACGACCUGUUGAUGGCUCGGGGGUCAUCGCCAUAGUGGCUUGGUACUGGACCAGGCCUCCUGUUUGAUAGCCUGAUUAACCAGCCUAAUGAUGCUAGCAGCACGAAGUCCAACGUUAGCAACACUUCCUGGCUGAUCAGAAAUUAAUUUCAGGAACUUGCCAAGUUCCCUCCAGAAGACAGGCAGAGACUAUUCCACUUCCUGACAACUCUAUGGCUGAAGAAUGCUGACGUUGGUCGUCCUGCUGGAGUAAACAACAACAGCUGAUCCCCUACCCACACCCGUUAUUAUCAUGAACAUUGAAGAGACCUAAUGAUGCUAUCGUUAUGAUUUAUACAUACGUUAAGCCAUUAUUACCAGCAGUGUAUUCUGAGUGGGUGGUAAUGUGUGAUGUGUGGACUUGCCGCCUCACCAACAGUAAAUAAGUUUAUAACAAUAGAGGUGUACAUGAUAACAAUUGUCAUACAUGAUAACAUGUGUGUAAGCGAGUUUGGGUACAGGUUCAUCUACAUACAGCUACACAAACUACCAUACAUACUUAGUGGCUCGUCGUCUGGUGGCAAAAGCUUUCGCUUCACACUAAGAGGGUCCGGGUUCGAUUCCCGGAGAGGGUUGAAACACUGGGCUUGUUUCCUUACACCGGUUGUCUAUGUUCACCCAUCAGUAAAAUGGGUACCUGAGUGUUGGUGGGCUGGUGUGGGUCACAUCCUCUGACAAAACUGACCUAAUUUGCCCGAAACGCCCUGCAUAACAAGGGGCUUUCUAUGUAGGAGUAUGUCAUUGAUGUCAGCUAGACCUGUAUACCUUGUACAUGUACUUGUGGAAAUAAAGAUAUUAUUAUUAUUAUUAUUAUUAUUAUUAUUAUUAUUGUGUGAAUUACCUAAGAUAACUAAGUCAGGAAAAGUGACUUAUUUCCAUUUUCAUUUCAACAGCUAUUUCGCAGUGUUUUUAUUAAACAAUAAGUAAAUUAAACUUACAAAUAUGUUUAUUUUUUAUUCUUCCUCUGUUAGUGUGCAAGAGAAAGCUCAUAUUGUAUACUUACAAUCCUUGCUGUUAAGUAACCCAUAUAUUGUAUACUUACAAUCCCUGCUCUUUUUAAGUAACCCUUAUAUUGUAUAUUUACAAUCCUUGCUCUUGUUAAGUAACCCACAUAUUGUAUACUUACAAUCCUUGCUGUUAAGUAACCCAUAUAUUGUAUACUUACAAUCCCUGCUCUUUUUAAGUAACCCUUAUA